GUUACCCCCCGCGGGCCGGAGUCACGCGUUCCGCAUUUGUGAGUGGUCACGCCUGGAUAGUCACGCCUGGAGAGUCAUGUGACGGAGCUCUGCGUCCCCAGCGAAGAGCGCAGAGCGAGCGCGCAGUCGAUCGGAGCAGAGCUGUUGGAGUCGUGCUCCGGGCAGGAGCGUGGGGGCGUCCCAGCGUGUGCGUGCAGGUAAGAGCUGAGGGGGGGGGGGCAAUGCGUGGUGCCGAACCAUGAGGGUCUUGUGCAGCGUCCCCGCUCCUCUCCCGGCUCGUUGCUGCCUCCUCCACCGCCUCCUUCUCAGCCCCCUCCUCCUCCUCCUCGUGCUACUGUUGCUCCGUUGCUCCGCGCCACGUGUGGUUUUGGCUCAGGCCUUGAGCGAGGAGGGGGGCCGCCCCUUGGAAGCCCUCGUCCUAAGCCUCGUCCCCGUGAACUGCACCGGUCACGACAACUCCACGUGCGCGCCCUGCCCCCCAGGGUCAUUCUCCAACGCCAGUGUGCCCACGUGCGCGUGUUGCUCCGUGGGGGGCUGCCAGUCAUCCCUGAGUUGCCGCCCGUGCAGCCCGGGGUCUCACCAGCCCGCGGGGGGCCAGGCCCAGUGUCUCCCGUGCGCGCCGGGCUCCUACUCACAGGAGCCGGCUCAGCGGCUCUGCUCGGCGUGCGCCCCCGGGAGCUUCGCGCCGCGGCCCGGGGACUCGAGCUGCCUCCCGUGUCCCACAGGCGAGUCCCGCGGGGACAGCGCCGAGACAACUCCCGUGUCGUCAUCUCCUCGCCCUCGUCUCCAUCCACCCACCCGCUCGUUACCCGUUACCUGUUACCCGUUACCCAUUACCCGUUACCCGUGUUUCGGGUUCGUUGUCGGACUAUUUGGCGCCGUCCGUCUUUGUUUUUUUUCAUGUGUCUCUCUUUAGCUUGAAGCAGAGCAGUUGCCUCUUAACGUGCGUGGGGGGUGCAUAGAAUUGUAGAGGAACAAUUAUUCAUUAAGGGGGGUUGGGGGGGUGCAGCCCUAAAAAGUCUUGAAACUCAGUGAGGUUUUAAUGGAAAAAUAAAUGGAAUGAGGAGUGGCUCCGGUGAAGCCGUGGGCGAUGACACUUUGGGGGGGGCUCAUUUCACAGGAAGCUUCAUGCCGGGAUCGAACUCAUCCACGUGUCUCCCCUGCGCACCGGGGUCGUACAGCUCGGAGCCCGGCUGGUCUGUGUGCCUGCCGUGCGAGACGGGAUUCAACUGCAGUCGAGAGCGCUGCACGGAGUGUGAGCUGUGUCCAGGCGGGUGGCAAACGGCAGGGCGCGGUGCCCAGCAGUGCCAACCCUGCCCUGCAGGGCAGCAGAAGUGGGAGGGCGUCGUGUACUGCACUCCGUGCCCCGGUGGCUACUACCAGCCCCAAGAGGGACAGCAGGGAUGCCUGCUGUGUCCUGAAGACUACUACUGCCCGAGUCCCGAAAAGGCGCCGCUCCCGUGCCCCGACGGCGCCUUCUGCCCCGCGGGGAGCCAAGAGCCGUCGCCGUGCGUGCCGCCGUUCCUGCGCCGGGGGGGAGACCACUGCUCGCCGAGUCCCCUGCUCAUCGGCCUCGUGUCGGGCAGCGCGCUGGCUCUGCUGCUGUUGCUGUUCCUCGCUCUCAUCCACUGCAAUCGGCGACUCCGCGCCGAGCCCGGCGCCCGCACGCCACUGCUGUGGCACUCGAGGCAAAGACGCGGCGACAGGGUCCAGGACCAGGAGCCCAUGUACACAGGGUGGUGACCGAGGACCCGGCAGCCCUCGUCGACAAACCCACCAGGCCAGCCGCCCAGUGGUCAAUACCCAGCAUUCAUCGAGCCACAGGGCGGUGAAGCAGCAUCCGGGGCUUGACGAUGGAGCACCUAGAACCUGAGCGUCCAGCACUCAUCGCCCGGCACCAUCGACAACACGCGCUGGCGACACAGCACCAAUCGGCACCCAGCGUCAUCGGUACGCCGUUCACGCAGUGUUGGUGAUGGGAGCAUCAGGCAUCGGCAACACGCAAGCUGGCGUAGGGACAUUGAGCAGCCAGCAUCAUCGGCGGAUUUUCUGCACCACGGGCAAAUGAAUCUCCCCGUAUCAAGGCACUUGGGUUUGCAGUCGAGCAGCCAAUGCCACCAGAACUCGGCACAACCAACACGGAGCUUAGCGUCUCCAUUCAAUGACGCACUUUGCGUCGAUGUAACGAGGUGGCAAAAACUGAAGGCGUCAGCUUCUGACCUGCACGACCCAGGGGGAGACCCUGCGACUGUCUGGUAACAAGGUCAAAUACGCGCUUUGCUUCCUGAAGUGUUAGCGUAAUGGCUUAUAACGUUCGAAGAUUGUGUUGUGUUGUUCAUGCCACUGAUGAAGUAUGUGCUGCUUCGGCCAGAGACCCAGGCAUUCCAGUCUACCAAUUAUGACGACCUGUAAUGGGGCCCUCCCGGCAAUGCCUUUGUCCAUAAAACAGAAGACAAAGUCAUAGUGCUUCAGGCUACUUUGUGUAAAUACAUGCAGCUGUAUAUGCAACGACUCUAUACACCUGUCAGGCAUUUAACUCAGGUGGUGGGGAGGGGGGAGAUAGCCGAGUCUCAAGGGACAGCAGAGCGGUCGGAUCGAGAAAGCCGAGGUUGCACGCUGCUUCCAGUCGGUGCCCAUGUUUGGACCGCGUUAUACUUUUGCUACUGUACAAUAAAGUUUAAUCACAAAUGAUGCCUUCACGCUUUUCUCGGAAUAGGUUGGUCGAUGACAAAACAUUCUUCUCGAGGCACACACUGGCUUUGUUUCUUUCCAUUAAGUUAUCAAGUUGUUUAUUAUUACGUUUUUAAA